UCAUUCCCUUCUGCGUAGCUACGCUAGAGUGUGUUCCGGAGCCUCGGCACACAUUUUAUUAUCAAAAAAAAAACACAAAAAAAAUAUAUAAAAUAAAUAAACACAAGGGAAGAUUAUUUUUUUGUAAGAAAAAGAAAAACUCGGUGAAGCAGGACUAACAAGUAACCCGUCGAAAAUAGGACGAGAUUUUGGAAGAGAAGGUCAUUUUGUUCCAUUUGAUAACAUUGUUGGAAAGGCGUGGGGUGAUUUCAUAUUAAUAGUUAACCGAGACAUUUUAUUAUAAUUUUUUAUUAGCUAGAAGCUAACGUAGCAGGGGAUUUUUUUUUUGUCGAUAUCGCAUCUGUUAUUAUUGUAACGUUAACUAGUCGUAGUUUAAGAAAUAUUGUAGCUACUAGUAACUUUUGUUGUAAUUUAUUUCCUCCAGAAGGUAACGUUAGCUCGCUAGACACCAGGUAGCAGAAUUAGCCAGCCGGCCCGCAUUGCUUUUUUUGAGGCCUAAGUGCGAAGUAGUUAACGUCCAAAACAUUUUUUAAAUUUUAUUUUUUAGCAAGCAACAAAUCUUCGGUGUCAUAAGACACCAUUUCACAGACGUUAACCUGACAACGUAACGUGUUUAUUACCCUCCCGUAUUAUUUAAAAAACCAAAAACUCCGAUCCGGUAGACAUGAAUCCAAGCGCCCCCAGUUACCCGAUGGCCUCCCUCUACGUGGGCGACCUGCACCAGGAUAUCACCGAGGCCAUGCUGUACGAGAAGUUCAGCCCCGCCGGGCCUAUCCUCUCUAUUCGAGUCUGCAGGGACAUGAUCACUCGUCGAUCCCUCGGAUAUGCCUACGUUAACUUUCAACAACCAGCCGAUGCUGAACGUGCCCUGGACACCAUGAACUUCGACGUCAUCAAAGGGAGACCUCUGCGUAUCAUGUGGUCUCAGCGUGACCCUUCCCUGAGGAAGAGUGGGGUGGGCAACAUCUUCAUCAAGAACCUGGACAAGUCCAUUGACAACAAGGCCCUCUAUGACACCUUCUCAGCGUUCGGAAACAUCCUAUCGUGCAAGGUGGUUUGUGAUGAGAAUGGCUCAAAGGGCUAUGGCUUUGUGCAUUUUGAGACCCAGGAGGCGGCUGAAAGAGCCAUUGAGAAAAUGAACGGCAUGCUGCUCAAUGACAGAAAAGUGUUCGUCGGACGCUUCAAAUCCCGCAAAGAGCGCGAGGCUGAGCUUGGAGCCAGAGCCAGAGAGUUCACCAACGUGUACAUCAAGAACUUCGGAGAGGACAUGGACGACGAGAAGCUGAGGGAGCUGUUCGGGAAAUAUGUUCCAGGACCGGCCCUGAGCAUCAGGGUGAUGACGGACGACAGCGGGAAGUCCCGGGGGUUCGGCUUCGUCAGCUUUGAGAGGCACGAGGAUGCUCAGAGGGCUGUAGACGAGAUGAACGGGAAGGAUUUUAACGGCCGCCAGGUCUACGUGGGCCGAGCCCAGAAGAAGGGAGAGCGCCAGACGGAGCUGAAACGCAAGUUUGAGCAGAUGAAACAGGACCGUAUGACCCGCUACCAGGGGGUCAACCUGUACGUCAAGAAUCUGGACGACGGCCUCGACGACGAGCGUCUAAGGAAGGAGUUCUCUCCUUUCGGUACCAUCACCAGCGCCAAGGUGAUGAUGGAAGGUGGUCGCAGCAAGGGCUUCGGCUUCGUGUGCUUCUCUUCCCCGGAGGAGGCCACCAAGGCCGUGACAGAGAUGAACGGGCGCAUCGUGGCCACCAAGCCUCUGUACGUGGCGCUGGCCCAGAGGAAAGAGGAGCGCCAGGCUCACCUCACCAACCAGUACAUGCAGAGGAUGGCCACCGUCCGGCCCGUACCCAACCCAGUCCUCAACCCCUACCAGCCUGCCCCUCCUUCUGGGUACUUCAUGGCUGCCAUCCCCCAGACUCAGAACCGCGCUGCCUACUACUCCACCAAUCAGCUGGCUCAGCUGAGACCAGGCCCACGCUGGGCCACCCAGGGUGUCCGACCACAACACUUCCAGAACAUGCCCAACGCCAUGCGUCCGUCCGCCCCCAGGCCGCAGACCUUCGGUGCCAUGAGGCCCUCGUCCUCCCAGGUGCCACGCAUGAUGGCCGGCCAGAGAAUGGCCACCCAGGCCCUGGGCCAGCGUCCUGCCGGUGCGGCGGCUGCUGCAGCCCCGGUGAGGAUGCCUCAGUACAAGUAUGCAGCAGGCGUGAGGAACCCCCAGCAGCACAUGGCCAGCCAGCCCCAGGUGCCCAUGCAGCAGCCGGCUGUCCACGUCCAGGGACAGGAGCCUCUGACGGCCUCCAUGCUGGCGGCUGCUCCUCCUCAGGAACAGAAGCAGAUGUUGGGCGAGCGUCUGUUCCCUCUCAUCCAAAACAUGCACCCCAGUCUGGCUGGAAAGAUCACCGGCAUGCUGUUGGAGAUAGACAACUCCGAGUUGCUCCACAUGCUGGAGUCUCCCGAGUCUCUCCGCUCCAAGGUGGACGAGGCUGUUGCUGUGCUGCAGGCUCACCAGGCCAAGGAGUCCGCCCAGAAGCCCACCAACCCCGCCGGAGUCCCCAGCUAAGAACCGAGACGGUAAUCCCUUUUAACUUGCUUCACCGAAGAAAAUGGUAGAAAAAAUUUAAACAUGGAAAAAAACCCUGAAAACUCUGAAAACAUUGCAAAAAAUGAAUAAAGUUUUUCUUUACAAAAAAUGAAUACAACAUCUGCCGGGUCUAGAGAAGAUUAAAGCUAGUCCUUGUUAUUAAAAGUUACAAAAGUGGACAAAUGAAAAAAUAGCAAAUAAUUAUUGAAAAAUGUUUGAUAAAUGUGACCAUUAAAAGAAAAACAUUCCAUUGGUUUAUUUCCUCUUUCAGUAUCAAUACUCAGAAUAUCAGCUGUUGUGUUCAGAGAGAGCUGAGUGCUUUCUGUUCAGAGAGAGCUGAGUGCUUUCUGUUCAGAGAGAGCUGAGUGCUUUCUGUUCAGAGAGAGCUGAGUGCUUAGAGAGUGCUUUCUGUUCAGAGAGAGCUGAGUGCUUUCUGUUCAGAGAGAGCUGAGUGCUUUCUGUUCAGAGAGAGCUGAGUGCUUUCUGUUCAGAGAGAGCUGAGUGCUUUCUGUUCAGAGAGAGCUGAGUGCUUUCUGUUCAGAGAGAGCUGAGUGCUUUCUGUUCAGAGAGAGCUGAGUGCUUUCUGUUCAGAGAGAGCUGAGUGCUUUCUGUUCAGAGAGAGCUGAGUGCUUUCUGUUCAGAGAGAGCUGAGUGCUUUCUGUUCAGAGAGAGCUGAGUGCUUUCUGUUCAGAGAGAGCUGAGUGCUUUCUGUUCAGAGAGAGCUGAGUGCUUUCUGUUCAGAGAGAGCUGAGUGCUUUCUGUUCAGAGAGAGCUGAGUGCUUUCUGUUCAGAGAGAGCUGAGUGCUUUCUGUUCAGAGAGAGCUGAGUGCUUUCUGUUCAGAGAGAGCUGAGUGCUUUCUGUUCAGAGAGAGCUGAGUGCUUUCUGUUCAGAGAGAGCUGAGUGCUUUCUGUUCAGAGAGAGCUGAGUGCUUUCUGUUCAGAGAGAGCUGAGUGCUUUCUGUUCAGAGAGAGCUGAGUGCUUUCUGUUCAGAGAGAGCUGAGUGCUUUCUGUUCAGAGAGAGCUGAGUACCCUCUGUUCAGAGAGAGCUGAGUACCCUCUGUUCAGAGAGAGCUGAGUACCCUCUGUUCAGAGAGAGCUGAGUACCCUCUGUUCAGAGAGAGCUGAGUACCCUCUGUUCAGAGAGAGCUGAGUACCCUCUGUUCAGAGAGAGCUGAGUACCCUCUGUUCAGAGAUGAGAGAGCUGAGUACCCUCUGUUCAGAGAUGAGAGAGCUGAGUACCCUCUGUUCAGAGAUGAGAGAGCUGAGUACCCUCUGUUCAGAGAUGAGAGAGCUGAGUACUUUGUCAUUUGGAUUGAACUGCUAAAUAAAGAUAUCAAACACUUAAAA